AAUGAAGGCUGUAUUACUUAUCACUGCAGCUAUUGCAACUACUGCAUUUGCAUCAAAAAUAGUGACUAUUCCUUUUACUGCUACAGACCGCAAAAGCAUUCACGCUUCAGCCUGGAGAAGCAAGAAACUUAAUGAGCUUAUUGACGCUCCUCUAGAAAAUGUUGAUUUAGCUUAUCUUAUUGACAUUAAACUUGGUACACCUCCUCAACCAUUUACUCUGUUGUUGGAUACUGGCUCUUCAAGUACCUGGGUACCUGUCUAUGGAUGUGGUCGUUUUUGUGGUUAUCCUAUGAAUACAUUCAAUCCUUUAAAUUCUUCUAGUUUUUCUUCAUCCAACACCCUGUUUAAUAUUCGUUAUGGUGAAGGAUUCUCAAGAGGAUUUUAUGCUCAAGACACAAUGACAAUCACCGGUGUGUCUGUACCUCAAACAAACUUUGCCAUUUCUGACUACAAUGAUGGUGAAUUAACUGCUGAUGGUGCAGAUGGUAUUUUGGGUGUUGGUCCUGAUGCUCUUAGUGCAUUCAACAAUCCAGAUAGAAAUAUUGUACCAACAGUAGUAACAACAAUGCAUCAACAAAAAGUCAUUGAUCAUAAUGUCUUUUCCAUUUAUUUUCAACCUGUUAGCGAAGAUGGACUUUCUAGAGAAGAAAAGCGUAUCAAUGGUGAGAUUGUGUUUGGUGGUGUUGAAGAGCGGCACAUUGCUAGUAAUGUCAGCUAUGUUCCUAUCACUCAGAAAAAUGCAUUCGCUAGCUAUUGGGCUGUUGAUGUUGAUUCUAUCUCAGUUGGAAGUAACUUUACAAAAACAUAUGAACCAAAGAUUGCUGCUUUAGUCGACACAGGAUCGACACUAGUCUAUUUGCCAAGAGAAAUUAUGUCUAGCGUAUUUCAAGGCAUUCCAGGCCUACGUAGAGAUUUCUUGGGCCAGUUUAUUGUACCUUGUAAUACCACCCAUCUUCCAGAUAUCACUUUCACAAUGAACAAUGAAAACUUCACUAUUACACCCGAACACUAUGUAAUUACUUCUGGCGCUCUUGCCUACACACCUGAAUCGUGUUACACUUACCUUCAAGAAAGCCCUCCUUUUGUUGAUGCUAUUCUUGGUUAUGGUUUCCUUCAACAAUUUGUUUCUGUUUAUGAUAAUGAAAAUAAGCGUAUUGGGUUUGCUCAAAGAGCUUAAUAAAAUGACAGUUGUCGCGGGUAUUUAAUUUUUGAAGAAGUCCUUUUUACAUAUGACGUAUUUUGGUACAUCCUCUCGAUUGACUUUGACUUUCUCUUUUUUUUUCGUUUUUUUUUCUUUCAUACAUCAUGCUUUCA